AUGGCUUUAAGUAAAUGCAAAUUGGCGAUUCUGGUUUUUACCAGUUUGUUAGAGAUCUGUUUCUUUGGAGGAUUACAAUAUGGCUGGGUAUCUCUUAUCUACAUUCUUAAGCAAGAAGAUGUUUACAAAAAUUUGUGCAUUGUAACGGAUAGAAAUACAUCUUCCGGUUCUGAUAGUGGUUCCAACGAUGGUUGUUAUGCUCAAGAUGAGAGAUUUAACUUAUUAUUUAGUGUUGGGUUCGCUGUUUUUAAUAUCACCGGAUUUAUAUGUGGAGAAAUGUAUACAAAAUUUGCCACGGAAACACGGAAAAUUCGUAUUGGUAGCAUAUUCAUACUUAUUGCCGGAUUGCUUUGUUUUGCCUUCACGUCACCAGAUAUUCCCUGGCUUGUACUUCCUGGUGUAGUGUUUGUGGGCGUGGCUGGGACUUCAUUCCUUAUAUCUAACAUGCAGGUGGCUGUUCUCUUACCUAAGGGUUCCUCUGUGUACGUCGGUCUCAUCAAUGGUUGUUACGACUCCUCUGUUGUCACACAGAUGGCUGUCAAGGCUUUGUACGAGAAUGGAAUCAGUCGUUCCUACUCUUAUAUCGGGGUUGCCAUUUUGUGUGUCGUCAUAUCCGGUCUUUGCACUUUACUUCAUCCUGAUCCGAAUAGUACAUUAUCCGAUAGCGUGGAAAAAAAGAACGACGUCAUACAUCCAGAAGGAUAUAUUAGCACAACUUUCAAAAACAACGAAAACGAAUUGAAAGUCCUCCCUCAGGAAACUACAGCGGGAAAAGAUAUUGAAAGGGACAUAACAGCGGCGUCUGAUGCAUCAAAUGACGUCACAUCGUCUUCUGUUCGAUCCAUCAUAUGUUCCCGUCCAUACAUCCUUCACGUGCUGUGGAUGAGCGUCUUGUUGUUGCGGUUGUACUAUUUUAUCGGGUCGAUUAACAGAUUGCUGGUGCAGACUCUGAAAAUUGAUGGACAGGUGAGCUACUUUACUGAUGUCAUGGCCUAUACCAUGUUAGGAGGGAUAAUUUCAUCAUUUAUUGCCGGACAAUUGCUUGAGAUUCAGGAUAAGUGGUUUACAGGAAUGAUGAAGACGGUGAUUCCCUUGAUAGUGACGUCAUGCUUGGGUAUUCUGUUAUCCUCCCUCUCCUUUGUGACCUCGACGACAGCUCUGUAUGCUAACUUCGUUGUGCUGACUUUUUUCCGAUCCUUUAUUUUUAGUUGUAAUAUGGAUUUCGUCAUCAUCUCCUUUCCACAUAAAUUCAUGAGCUUCCUGUUUGGAAUGGUGUUUUCCGUUUCCGGUGUUCUGACCUUGACACAGUAUGCUUUGUUCACGUGGACAAAGCGGUACGACGAUGCGAUUGAACACGUAAAUAUUUUCCUCUUUUGUUUGUCGGUGAUCUCCCUUCUGCAUCCGGUACUUAUAUUCGUGAGCGGAAAACGAGCGUUACAUAAGAAAGAUGCGGACUUUGCCAUGUAACUCAGUGUCGAUUCCAAAAACUGAAAUGAGACAUUCAAUGUUGUGGCUGCUGGUGUCGAAUAGUUCCCACUUAUAUUCUUAAUUAUAUGUAAUCAGACAUAGGUGUUGAAUAACGAAUAAAUAACUUUUUUAGUAUGUAUAUACAUGUACAUGAAUCUCAUAAUUACAAUGAAAUAUGAAACAUG